UUCAGCGCAGAAAAAAAGGAAAAAAAGAAAAAAAAAAAAAAAAAGAGCAGCAUUUCCACGGAGAGCCGCGACUCCCGGAGGGAUGAGCCGGCUGGGAGCGGGCGGAGAGGGGCGGCUCCCACCGUGCCUCCCCCGCACCCGCUGCAGUGCCGGUGUGAGUUCGACAUCCUUUGAGGGGCAGAAACCUUCAUCUCUGCUCAGUCAGACUGGGAGCAGCUCCACUGGAACCCUGUGAGCUGCCAUCAGUCCCUUGUACUUUGCUGCUGGAAAAAGCACAACACACUCUGCCCAGCGGUGCUGCUGAGCUGCUUCAAGCUGGCUGCCUGCCUUCAAUGGUCUGGUUGGAAGGAAGGCUUUUAAUUGGCAUGAAGGACUUCAGCCAGUGCUGCAUAUUGAUCCUCACCCUCAGGAUUUCAGACACUUCUAACGGUCUGAUAACCACGGCACAAUGAUGGCACAGGCACAGCAGGAUUUUAACAGUGGGAAGAUGCUGGUGGAUAAAAAUGAGUCAUGGUUCUCUAAUUUCUCUUCUGCUGCCUCCUCCUUUGUGAAAGAAGGUGGCACCCGGGCAGGGAUCGGCCUCCAGGAGGUGCUCAUUGGGCUGAUACUAACCCUCAUUGACUUGAUCACUCUCCUGGGAAAUACAAUAGUCUUCAUCUGCCCAGUGGUGGAAAAGAGGCUGCGCACUGUCACCUAUAUGUUUAUCAUGUCCUUAGCCAUGGCAGAUUUCCUUGUAGCUUGUCUGGUCAUGCCCUUUAGUAUCGUUUACGAGGUGACAGGGACGUGGUUGUUCGGGAAGCUGUUCUGCAAAGUCUGGAUCUCCUUUGACGUCAUGUUCUGCACUGCAUCUAUUGUCACAUUGUGCUUUAUUAGCCUGGACAGAUAUUGUUCCGUGGUAACCCCAUACCACUAUUCAAAAAGGAUGUCCCAUGGCAGAUGCAUUGUGAUGACCUGCAUGGUGUGGGUAUACUCCUCCCUCAUUUCCUUCCUUCCUGUCAUGCAAGGCUGGAACGAGAUCCCUGGGGUGGAUUUUGAUGCAGGCAGAGAAUGCAUCUUUGUCACCAACUGGAUUUUUGCCAUUGUGGCUUCUGCUCUGGCAUUUUUCGUUCCCUUCAUGGUCAUGUGCAGCAUGUAUUUCUUCAUCUACCGAGCUUCACGGCUCAAGGCCACUCGUAUCAUGUCUCAGACCCUGGAGAUUCACUACCACCCCAACAGCAAGCGGCAGAACCAUCUGCAGCUGGAGAACAAGGCCACGCGGACCAUUAGCAUUAUCAUUUCAGUCUUUGUGCUCUGCUGGCUGCCGUACUUUGUCCUGAAUGUGUGGCUCGCUGCCAGAGGCACGGACUCCACCAGUGCAGUCUUGGUUGACACCUUCAAGAUUAUCACUUGGUUAGGGUAUUGCAACUCCACCAUCAACCCAAUGCUUUAUGCUUUCCUGAACCGGGACUUCCAACGAGCCCUGAAGAAGCUGCUCAUUUGUAGGCGCAGGUCUCAGGUGGACAUUGGAGAAGACAUGGUUUCCAUAGCCACAUUUUCCAAGACUGCGCCAGACCUAGAAUAUAGCGUUGCAGUGCCAGUGCCCAAUGGUGCCCUGAAGGGCAAACCCAAGUAAGAGCAAUUCGCUGCUGGAGGUGGUGGUACAGAAAGCGCCAGAGCACAGUCUAAUGGAAAAAUAAUGAGGGAAGGAGGGGCUGGAAUAUUACAGCGGGGGCAUAAAAAAAAGACGCAUUUUUUCAUCUUCCACAGUUUUAUGAACAAGGAACUUUGAUAUUUUACCAGUAAUUUUGUGUAACUAAUGGAACUAAUUCCUUCCUGGGUAAUUAUUUUUUAAUGAGUAUUUCCUAAGAUAAAUUCAGUCUUCAUGGUGGGGAAAAAAUCAGUAUAAGAAUGUGAACUUGUCUUUGUGUACAUCCUGGUGCUCUACCAUGUGAAGUGGGAGAGUAUUUAUUUCCUAUCAAUCCACUGUAGCUCUCAUCUUGCAGCUUACAUUACAAAUUUGACCAGUUUUAAUAGCUCCAUGUGUGUCAAGUUUGUGUCUGGGAGUUAGGAGGGACGUGGUCAAAGAGCAGAAGUCAAUUCUUUAGAAAUGCACCACUCCGCAGCCUGGGUUGUUGCUCAGGGUUCAACUCACUUCUGAAAUAUCGAGAGGUUCAGA